AUGCAGAUCCCGAGCAGCGGCCCCGCGGCAGCGUUCCGAUCCUCGACGCGUACUGCGGCGGCCCCCGCGCCCUCUCGCAAGCCCCCCGCCGGCAAGUCGUUCACCAUCGACGCUCUGCUCGCGGAGCCGGACGACCGCCGCGCCGCCGCCGCCGCCGCCGCCGCCGCCGCCGCCGCCGCGCUCCCUCCGCUCGGCGGCGGCCUGACGUACUACGCGCCGUACCCGUGCGGCUACUUCUGCUGCCCGCCCGUCGCCUACCGGGCGUCCUGCCGCGGCGCCUUUUACGCGCAAGCGGCGAUGCCCAAGGUCCACGCGUUCAAAACCAAGGGCGGCAAGUCCAAGCGCAUGCGCACCAGCUUCACCAGCGAGCAGCUGGCGCGCCUGGAGAAGGAGUUCGCCCGCCAGCACUACAUGGUCGGCGCGGAGAGGUUCCUGCUCGCCUCCGCCCUGCGCCUCACCGAAGCGCAGGUGAAAGUUUGGUUCCAGAACCGGCGCAUCAAGUGGCGCAAGCAGAGUCUGGAGCAGCAGCAGGCCAAGCUGGCCAAGCUGGGCCUGGCCGCCGGCAGCCCCGGAUCGCAGACCCACGAAGACCGCCGCCGCCGAGAGGAGGGAGAAGAAGAAUUCUCAGACACGGACGUGGACGUGGACGACGACUCGGUCGAGCCCUGCUGAGAAGCCCCGCCCCCGAGACUUUUGUACAUACCCACCACGGAUGAUGACGGCCUAGUAAUAUUUAAUAGAAGUAUAGUUAUAUAUUUAAUUUUUCUACAUGCAUUGCUGUUUGACUAUUGUUCUUUUUUGUAUAUUUGAAUAACAUAUUCAGAAAUAUAUUUUAUGCAACGAACCGCACUCCUUUGUCUGGCUGCUUGAUUGGCUUUGAUGACA